ACCUGAAAUGUCAGAGACUAAGAGAUUUCUUGAACAGAUCCUCGAAUCAUUGACAGAGAGGAGACUUGAGGUCCAAACCAGGGAUAUAAUAGUCAAGAAACUCCGAGAUGAACUAGGAGGAAAAAGAUAUUUGCUUGUCUUAGAUGAUUUGUGGCAUGUUGACCUUCCAGUGUGGGAUGAGUUCAUGGACAGCUUGAGAGGAAUAAACACUUCCAGAGGAAACUGCAUUCUUGUGACGACUCGUACGAAACUGGUGGCAUCCACAGUAGCAGCAGUAGGUCCUCAUAUGUUGGAAAAAUUAGCAAAAGAUCAUUCUUGGUCGAUUUUCAAACAAAGAGCAUUUGUUGAUGGGGAAGUUCCGGAGGAAAUACUGAGUGUGGAGAACAGGAUUGCUGAAAUGUGUCAAGGUCUACCGUUGGCAGCAAGUGUGUUGGGAGGCCUCUUUCGCAACAAGGAGAAACAUGAAUGGUGGGCAAUUCUUGAUGGAAACCACCUUGUUGCAGGUGAAAAUAGCAUAAAGAAAAUCCUAAAACUCAGCUAUGUUAUCUACCAUCUCCAUAUCUAAAAAAAUGUUUUGCUUACUUUGCAAUGUUUCCAAAAGAUUAUAAGUUUGAAAAGGACCAACUAAUCCAACUCUGGAUGGCAGAAGGGUUUCUUCGUCCAAGUCAAGAGAUCCCUGUGAUGGAAGACGUAGG